GACAGCUCAAGGGCAACAGGCAGCGUGCUCCGCGAUGCCGAGCUACCGGCUGCCGAUUCACCACCGGCAGAACCCCGCCGUGCGGUGCGUGAACUUCUUCUGCGUGGUGCUACUCACGCUCGUCCUCGUCGCGGGCAUCAUCCUCUUCGUGCUGUGGCUCAGCCUCCGCCCGCACCGGCCCAAGUUCUUCCUCGCCGACUUCUCCAUCCCGAACGCCAGCCGGCAGUCAGGCCUGGCCAACCUGCCGGUGAGGUUCACCGUCAGCGAGCAAAACCCGAACCAGAAGGUCGGCAUCUACUACGAGGCCAUCGAGGGGUCGGUGUACUACGGCGACCAGCUCAUCGCGUCCGGCCCGGUCAUGGACCCCUUCUACCAGGCGCCCAAGGGCGAAACGCAGGUGCAGGGAGCCCUCGCAGCGUCGGGGCCUGCGCCGACCGACCCGGUGUGGCAGCGGUUCGCUGGCGAGGUUUCGGCGGGGAGCGUCGGCCUGCGGCUGGUCCUCAACUCCAUGGUGCGGUUCCAGAUGAAGCUGUGGGACAACAGGGAGCACCACAUGAAGGUGGACUGCGAGUUCAAGCUGCGCGGGGACGGCACGCUCCAGCAGGAGUACAGGAACUCGCAGUGCUCGCUCUAUCUCUAGUGUUCCUGGUUGUACCUCAACAAACCACCCUCCCCUCCUCUCGUUUGGGAUUAAUUUGGGUCUUGGUAAUUCUUUUUCGCCUUGGUUUUCAAGGUCACGUUGUGUUUACUCGUUGCACAUUUGACUGAUUUGUUAUUGUUGUAAUGCAAUUAUUUGUAACAAGCGUAUGCGUAUCAAGAGAGUUGUGAUUCG